CUUCUUUCCUACUGGGUAAGUAAGCAGAUCCCAGUGUCGGCUGGAGUGUCCAUAUACCAAGCAGUAGGUUUGGUGCAGGGAAAAAGGGUGAUAUCAUCAAGGGCAAAUACACAUACUAGCCUAAAAUCCCAUCUAGUAUUGAUAUGCUUCUUUGGUUUCACUGCUGGUGUCCUCGGCGGUCUUCUUGGCCUCGGUGGGGGCGUCAUCAUGGGGCCACUUUUCUUGGAGCUUGGUAUUCCUCCGCAGGUCUCAAGUGCCACAGCCACCUUUGCAAUGAUGUUUUCAUCAUCCAUAGCCGUCAUAGAAUACUACCUCCUGAACCGGUUCCCUAUACCAUAUGCUCUCUUUUUCACAUGUGUGGCAUUCAUUGCUGCAAUCGUUGGCCAGCUUGUUGCAAGGAAACUGAUAAACUGGUUAGGAAGGGCAUCAUUUAUCAUCUUUGUAUUGUCCUUCAUGAUCUUCAUUGGUGUGAUUCCUCUAGGUGGAGUCGGUAUCUUAAACAUGAAGCACAAGAUAGUGCGGCAUGAGUACAUGGGAUUUCAUGACAUUUGCAAGUUUGAUGCAUAGGAAGAUGCAACUUGCACGCAAGUGACUAGUGUGAUGUAUGUUCAGUUUGAGUGGAUGGAAUAGAUGCCAAAUUAAAUCAAAGGGAUGGAAGAUCAAAAGUUCAGCCACUAGUCCCAACAUAGUUUUUUUAUCACCCAAUGUAAUCAAUGAUUAGAUGACGAUCGUCCUUUAGUUACUAGAGAAUAUAUAUAUAUCCUACAUCCAAACAUGCUGAUCGUCCUUUCAUACUUGACUAACUGAGUACAUUCAGACUAAAGAAU